CCACUAAAAUGGCUUCUUUAUUUCCCCUUAUAAAUUCUAACCUCUUUCAUUGGAUCAUUGCAUUAACACAAAUCACUCCAGUAAUCAAUCUCUUCUACCAAGUCGACUCGAAAUGGAUAAAUUCUUCGUUCUUUCUCUUCUCGGUAUGCUGAUAGUUGCCUGUGGAGUUUCGGGGAGUAUCGAGCCCGAUGGCGACAUUGACAUGAUUAGAGAACUUGAAAAUUUCGACAUUGGAGGAGAGGAUGACGAUGUCGUGGACGCAUCUGCCGUCCCGGUGUGGAGAAGCGAGCGCGGGAGCAAGGUUCUGAUGAAUGUGGAUAGUUUCAAUGCUGUUGGAGAUGGAGUUUCAGAUGAUACAAUGGCUUUCAGAAAGGCAUGGGAGACUGCCUGCAGCACUUCAAAAUCAGUUCUUUUGGUGCCAAAAGGAGGGACAUAUCUGGUGAAUGCAACCACUUUUAAAGGGCCAUGUAAAGAUGACCUAGUAAUCCAGAUUGAAGGAACAAUAGUUGCACCAGAUGAGCCUGAGAAAUGGGAUCCAAAAUUUCAGAGACAAUGGCUAGAAUUUACCAAACUAAAUGCAGUUACCUUUCAAGGGGAUGGAGUUAUCGACGGCUCGGGCGACAAAUGGUGGGCGGAAUCCUGCAAAAAGAACAAGUCAAGGCCCUGCAAAGGAGCACCAACAGCAUUAACUAUUGAUUCAAGUUCAAAUAUAAGAGUAAAAGGCCUUACUAUUCAGAACAGCCAACAGAUGCAUUUCACCAUUGCACGGUCUGAAUCUGUUCGGGUUACGGAGGUAAGAGUCUCGGCUCCCGGAGAUAGCCCCAAUACGGACGGGAUCCAUAUCACUCAAUCAACUAAUGUUGUAAUCCAAAACUGCAAGAUUUCAACAGGUGAUGACUGCAUCUCCAUUGUCAAUGCUAGUUCUGGCAUCAAGAUGAAAGGAAUAUCAUGUGGACCGGGGCAUGGGAUCAGCAUUGGAAGUUUAGGGAAGGACAACUCCACUGGCAUUGUAACAAAGGUGGUGUUAGACACAGCCUUCCUCAGAGAGACAACAAAUGGUGUUAGAAUCAAGACUUGGCAGGGGGGUUCUGGAUAUGUUCGUAGCGUGCGAUUCGAAAAUGUGAGAAUGGAAGAUGUUGAGAAUCCCAUCAUCAUUGAUCAAUUCUAUUGUGACUCUCCUACUUCCUGUGAAACUCAGACAUCAGCUGUGAAAAUAAGCCAAAUAAUGUAUCGGAACAUAAGCGGAACCACAACGAGCAAGAACGCGAUGAAAUUCGCUUGUAGCGACAGCGUCCCGUGUAGUAACAUAGUUCUAAGCAACGUCAACUUGGAGAAGACGGAUGGAACAGUGGAGACCUAUUGCCACUCUGCCCAAGGUUUUGGAUACGGCGUCGUGCACCCCUCAGCAGACUGCCUAACUUCCAGCGACAAGUAUUCCGCAGCCUCGGAUCAGACCGAAGUUCCCGAGCUCGUGGAACUGCACCUCCCAACUGAACACAUUGUUCACACUGAGCUCUGACCUUGUUGUCCUGUCUCUCUAUACUAAACUACAAAGGGGAUCAUAUUUUGGUAGAGCUUGGUUUUCAGCCGACCAACUCAGGAAAUAUUUGUACUGUAGCAUAUAUUUACAUAGCAUAUACAAUUACACCUACCCUUUUGGAAUC